CGCUUCAUACAUACACUGUUGUUAGCGACGUAGCCUCUACGGCCAAUUUCCUUUUUGACAUUUUCAUUUGCGACCAUUUCGCAGAACUUCACUUUUUUGUCGCGGCCAGGUGAGCACACGAGUAGCGGUUUACUGGUUGGGCCUCGUUACACUCGUGUGUCAAACUGUUGCUGGUGGCAGUCCUGCGAGCCCCUUUGAGUAUGCGUAUACAAUGAAGAGGCGUGUGGAGGACCAGGAACUAAUAUUUGCGCCCCAGCAACAACAAUCACGUCGCCCCCCAGUUCAAGGGAUUGCAGACAGUUUCCAGCACCGGGCCCUUGCCCCAGCUCCUACUGUGAUAGAGACAGCUGCAGACAACAUGCAGCCAUCCACCGGCAUCCAGUAUUCUCUCCCCCAAGGCUACCAGGUGCCUACAAUGCCUCAGAGCACAAGCGGACAUGGGCAUAAUAAUACAGCACCUCAUGUUGGUCCUCUUGCACAUGGCCUAGCAGUACAGUCCCAGGGCUCAACAGUGGUCCAGGGUCACGUUCACCCACCCACACCCAUGACCUCAAGCCAAGGACAGCAGUUUCAACGACUGAAGGUUGAAGAUGCCUUGUCCUAUCUGGAUCAGGUGAAGCUGCAGUUUGGGAAUCAUCCACAAGUUUAUAAUGAUUUUCUUGAUAUUAUGAAAGAGUUCAAGUCACAGAGCAUAGACACUCCUGGAGUCAUCAACCGUGUAUCCCAGCUCUUCAAGGGCCAUCCAGACCUCAUUAUGGGUUUUAACACUUUCUUGCCACCUGGGUAUAAGAUUGAGGUUCAAACCAACGAUCUAGUCAACGUGACCACACCAGGUCAGAUCCACUACAUCACCCCUCAUGGUAUAUCUGUUCAGAACAUCCCUGCAAGUGGAGCAUCCAGCCAACCUGCGAGCCACCCCCAGCACCAGAGUCUGCCACAGGCUGGCCUGCACACUACCACCACCACCACCACACCACCCAUCCCCACCCAACCUGCUCCAAAUAAAACCAGCAAGCCAAUUCAGUCUCCAGCCCAUACACCUACCAGCCAGCCCAACCCAUCCAUCCCAUCUUAUGCCUCACCGCGCUCACCUUCGGUUCAGUCCCACACUCCUGUGAGCAGCAUGCCGUCCGGUGGGCCACCUCUCCAGAACAACCAGCCUGUGGAGUUCAACCAUGCUAUAAAUUAUGUCAACAAGAUCAAGAACCGCUUCCAGGGUCAGCCAGACAUCUAUAAAGCCUUUCUGGAAAUCCUGCACACGUACCAGAAGGAACAACGAAAUGCUAAAGAGGCUGGAGGCAACUACACCCCAGCCCUGACUGAGCAGGAGGUCUACACUCAGGUGGCAAGACUCUUCAAGAACCAGGAGGACCUGCUCUCAGAAUUUGGACAGUUCCUGCCUGAUGCAAACAGCUCAAUGUUGCUGGGCAAGACUACACCAGACAGGGCAGAUUCUGUACGUAAUGAUCACGGCGGCACUGUAAAGAGACCCUUACUGAACAACAAACAGAGGCUGAGCCAAAAUGGCCUGCCAAUCAGAAGACCUGCUGGAGUGGGAGCCACACCACCUGUCAAGAAGAAACCCAAAAUAUUGGGGAAAGACCAUGGCAUGACUGAAGUCAGCAAACACAGCACCAGCACUGAAACUAUGUUCUUUGAGAAGGUGAAGAAGGCUCUGCGUAGCUCUGAGGCAUAUGACAACUUCCUGAGGUGUCUUCACAUUUUCAACCAGGAAGUAAUCUCGCGUGCCGAGCUGGUGCAGUUAGUCAUCCCAUUUCUUGGAAAAUUCCCCGAGCUUUUUACAUGGUUUAAAAACUUCCUGGGCUACCGAGAGUCCAGUCACGGGGAGUCGAGCCACACAGAGAGUUUACCCAAGGAGCGUGCAACAGAGGGCAUCGCCAUGGAGAUUGAUUACGCCUCCUGCAAGAGGCUGGGGUCCAGCUAUAGAGCACUGCCAAAGAGCUACCAGCAGCCCAAGUGCACAGGAAGGACACCGCUGUGCAGAGAGGUUUUGAAUGACACGUGGGUGUCCUUUCCUUCGUGGUCUGAGGAUUCUACAUUUGUGAGCUCCAAGAAGACUCAGUAUGAGGAGCACAUUUACAGAUGUGAGGAUGAGCGUUUUGAGCUCGAUGUUGUGCUGGAGGCCAAUCUUGCCACGAUACGAGCCCUGGAGACAGUGCAGCGGAGACUUUCUCGCAUGUCAGCCGACGAGCAGCUGCGCUUCAAGCUUGACAACACAAUGGGCGGCUCCUCGGAGGUCAUUCACCGCAAAGCCAUCCAGAGGAUAUAUGGAGAAAAGGCCCACGAUAUUAUUGAUGGACUCAAGAGGAACCCAGCUGUGUCUGUCCCCAUAGUGCUGAAAAGAUUAAAAAUGAAGGAUGAAGAGUGGAGAGAAGCUCAGAGAGGCUUCAACAAAAUCUGGCGGGAGCAGAAUGAAAAGUAUUACCUGAAGUCACUUGACCAUCAAGGCAUCAACUUCAAGCAGAAUGACACCAAAGUGCUGCGCUCAAAGACCUUACUCAAUGAAAUUGAGAUGUUAUAUGAUGAUCGCCAGGAGCGAGCAUCAGAGGAAACUGCCACACCGCCACCGAGCGGCCCGCACAUGACCCUGACCUAUGAUGACAGCCAGAUCCUGGAGGAUGCUGCUGCCCUCAUCAUCCACCAUGUCAAAAGGCAGGUGGGCAUCCAGAAAGAAGACAAGUACAAGAUCAAACAGAUCAUCCACCACUUCAUCCCUGACCUGCUGUUUGCACGGCGAGGUGAGCUCUCUGAUGCAGAAGAGGAGGAAGAGGAGGACGAAGAAGACAUGGAGAUGGAUCAAGAUGGCCCAAAGAAGCACAAUGGCCUGCCGGGCAGCAGCCCAUCAAAGUCCAAGCUCCUCUUCAGCAACACGGCAGCUCAGAAGCUGCGAGGCUCAGAUGAUGCCUACAACCUGUUGUUUGUGAACAACUACUGGUAUAUCUUCCUUCGUCUUCACCACAUCCUCUGUUCUCGUCUGCUGAGAAUCUACGGGCAAGCCGAGAAGCAGAUUGAAGAGGAUUCCCGUGAGCGAGAGUGGGAAAGAGAGGUGUUGGGGCUCAAGAGGGAGAAAAAUGAAAACCCAGCAAUCCAACUGAAGAUGAAGGAACCAAUGGAUGUUGAUGUAGAGGAUUAUUACUCAGUGUUUCUGGAAAUGGUGCGCAACCUUUUGGAUGGAAACAUGGAACCGGCUCAGUACGAGGACUCUCUUAGGGAAAUGUUCACUAUCCAUGCCUACAUUGCCUUCACCAUGGACAAACUCAUCCAGAGUAUUGUCCGGCAGCUCCAGCACCUCGUCACCGAUGAUGUAUGUGCACGUGUAACGGACAUGUACCUGAGUGAAUGUGCCAAUAAAGCCACGGGGGGCACACUGUCCACACAGACGUCCAGGGCCACAGCCGAGGGGGGCUACCAGCGCAAAGCAGAGCAGCUCAUGUCAGAUGAGAACUGCUUCAAGUUGGUGUUUGUGAAGAGCCAAGGAUCUGUCAGUCUGGCUAUGGAGCUGCUGGACACAGAAGAGGAGAACUCUGAUGAGCCAGCGGAGGCUGAGAGGUGGUCAGACUACGUGGGCAGAUACCUGAACUCAGAUUCUGCAUCCCCAGAGCUGCGUGAGCAUCUUGCCCAGAAGCCGCUGUUCCUCCCCAGGAAUUUGAGACGGAUAAGGAAGUGCCAGAGAGGAUGGGAGCAACUGCAGCAGGAGAGAAUGAUCAAGGUCCCCUUGGACAACACGCAGGAUGGCAACAGUGAGCUAAAGAUGGAGUGCAUGUUCAAGCUCAACUCCUACAAGAUGGUUUAUGUCUGCAAGUCAGAGGACUAUAUGUACAGGCACACAGCACUCAGACGGGCUCAUCAGUCCCACCAGCGGGUCAACACGCGCCUGCACAGACGCUUUCAGGCCUGGCUGGACACCUGGGCCAAAGAGCACGUGACCAGCGACAUGGCUGCCGAAAACCACAAGUGGCUGAUGGGUGAUGAGCGAGAAGGCCUAUUGUCCUGCACCACCACCUGCAGCCCUGAGGUCCUCCAUUAUCUCAACAUUAACAAGUACCGGGUGAAGUACAGAACACUGUAGUCUCUCUCUUAUCGAAAGAUAAAUUGUGGCCGUUUCGACACAGCAAACUGCCAGUGACCUCAUUCAUAAAUACAGUAGCUUUCCAAACUGCUGUUACUGGAUCCAGUUGCCAAAAUCUUUUGGGGUUGAAGCAGGAACUUCGUCCUGACGUUCAAGCUUUUACUGCAAAUUCUGCAAAAUAUGUGAAAUCCAAGUUUUAUCAUUAUAGGAGAGAAAAAACCCUCCUGUCUCAAUAAUCCCAUUAUUAAACGCAGAUUUUUACAUGCCAUUAAUAUUCAACGUAAACACUCCUUACUGCAUCUUCCCCUUGGAGCAAUUCACAGUUUAAACAAAAAAUAAACAUGGGUAAGCAUUUUAUAGCUAAAACUCUACAACUUAACAAUAGAUUCAAGUGUUCUUUGAAGACCACCUCAUCAUUGUACAGGAAACGAAAACAAACGACCUCAGUUUUUCUCUUUAGCAAGAACAAAUACCUGUUACUUCUGUUAAAAUGUGUCUUGUCGGACUUCCAGCUGUAAACUUGUUUAGCCUGUGAAUGUUUUCCUCAUAAGGCAGGAUUGCUGGGCAGAUGCUUGGCGUCACUACAAUGCCAGCAGUGUGUUAAAUUGAGUAAUUUAUGACCGCCCAAACACUUGUGUAAAUAUGUUUAUAUCUAGCUUCUUUUUUUUUUUUUUUAAAUCUGAUGUUAUUAAUGUGUAGCGCACAUUAAUACACACAUAGUAUCAAUCUUUAGCUAGAGGUUGCAGAGAAAUUUAUUAAGAAAAUGUAAAAUUGUAACUGUUUUUUACCAAAGGAUAUUAUUUGAGAUCUCGUUCCUUUGCGGUCAGUUGAAUGUGUUAAAAAAGUCUUUGUUCAGCAGAAAAAUGACCUAUUUCAUACGUGUUUCAACCCCUUUCUGCCCAUUUCUACCUUCUGUUGUUGGCAUCUUCGUCACUCGUGGUUUUAAGAUGAUUGAAUGUAGCUGAGCAUCAGUUUCUCCUCUUUCAAGUACAGUAUGUUUGUUUUUCUGAGUACUGAGGUCUUAGCAGUACCGUCAACUUUUUCUUCUAUUUAAACUUUACCAAAUGGUUAGAAUCUUUCUGACAGGUUCAGUGGUCUCGCAAUGUAUCGCUUAAAAAACUGUACAUGAGGUGUGUUUAUUUUUUAUGCUCAGUGUUGACGGCAAACACUGACUGAUAGUAGGUCUAUAUGUGAAUGUCAGCUAUGUGACUUGUGUACAGUUUAAAGAUUAAGAAAACGAGCUAGCAAUAAUUCCUUCAGUUGCAGUUCAUCAAAGCUGUCAGUUUGUAUUUCUUGCUGAAAUACAAAUGAAUGUCGUAUUCCCUUAGAAGAGGGACGUAAACUAAGGAUUUUUAUUGCCUUUUCCCUCUGCAGUUUGUUUAAUAAAACUGGAAUUGGCCCUGUAGAUAUUGUAUAAGAAGGUUAGAUGGGAAUUUAUCAUCACACUAAAGGCUGUAAAGUGUGUUUCACAGCGGAAAUCGACAUAGUCUUAACAUAAACCACAGGAAAACAGCCAGAUCUUUAUAAUUUUUCACAUAUGCAUCAAAACGUGAGCAGGAUGCCGAAUAAAAGAAGCUACCUGACAAGAUUUCAUCCAUAAACAUUUUCCUUAUGUCCAUUUAAGGUGACGGUCGGUAACCUAACCAGCUACAGACAAUCUUGGAACAGUUUAAUACUUGGGUUUUUAUUUUUAUAUUUACCGUGUUUAAUAUGGAACACCACAGGAAGUCCCGUGGAGCUGGUUGUACAUAACGACAUGAUUUGUACCUCGUUUAAUGUGUCUCUUCUCUUGACUUUUACGGUGUUGUACAUGAGUGUUAGUAUGUUUGACAUUAAACUAUCCUUUAAAUAGA